AUGACUUGUUCCUCCGCGGGCCCAUCUGUGGUAGUGAAGCCUUUCUUAUUUGGAUAUGGCUUUGGCUACUUGGUUCUGAGCUGCUUCUGGUUGUAUCUGAGAGGCUGCACUUUCCACCCUCCACAGCCUCUGCCAGAGGGUCGUCAGUACCCUCCUUGUGCUGCUUGUGCCUCUGAGGUUGCUGGUGCCUUGCUGCUUCCGAUGGUGCCGCCGUCUCAAGGGUCACCGUCGGGGUCACCCAGGGUCGCCUGGGUCUGUGUUCCUACACUGGCUCUCUGCAGGUUCUCCACGGGCUCGGGUGCUGCUGCCGGGUUGUCUGAGGACGCUGCCAGCACUGCUGCUGGAGGCGCUGUGUUCACGGGUGUGGCUGUUGCUGCCCAGGGUCCAGGGUCUUGUAUGCAGCCCCGGCUGCUAGUAGAGCCGGUAGGGAGCGCCGCCACUGGGGGCUGGGUCACGGGUUCUGCUGUGGUUCCAGAGGCCUCAGGUCGCAGGCGCCACCCGCCACCGCUGGAGGCUGGGGGAAGAAAAGGGGCCAAGCCGAGAGCAAUGUCACUGCAAUACCAAAAUGUAAUGUUUGCUAAGGUGGAUGUGGACGAGUCUCGGGAGUUAGCCCAAACUUAUCACAUCAAAGCAAUACCCACAUUUCAGAUGUUCAAGCAAGCCCAGAAGCUCAGAAAUGAGGAUGCUUCCUCCUUUUGAAAUCAGUUCCAUACACCGUACCUUGAUUGCUUUCCCUCCCUUCUUUCCGGGCCUCUAUCCAUCACCUAUCCUCUUUCAAUCCUGGUGUUUGGACAUUUGUUGGUUUUGCCACCAAGCUACCAUUCUCCAUUCUCUAUUAAGAGUUCUCUGACUUUUCCUUCAGGGAACCAUGCCCUUUCCCAUUCUUAGUCCAUGUGCUUCUGUAGGGCCCCAUCUCCAGGCCUAGACCAAUCAGUGAACUCCAUCCCCAUCGGAAAUGGGCCUUGACUCCAGUCAAGCCAAGCCAAGCCAAGCCCAACCAGAGCUAAUUCCAGGACUUUCUUAAGCAGCCAGCUAAAAGCCUUCUCUUUUGAUGUACUGGAUUUGAACU